CUGCGUUGCAUUGUGGGCGACGUAUGCAAAUACUAACAAAUAUAAAGAAAGAGAGACACCGGGGAUCUGAUAGGUUGAGUUAUGCAAGUGCAGCUCUCGCCUCAGCCAAGUGACCCGGCCGGCAAGCGCGUGCACGCGAGCAGCGCACCGCCGCGCUGCGAUGGAAUGGGCGCGCACCGUUCGUCCAUCAUCUCAAAGCACGCGGAGGGAAGUUCGCCCGUGAAAAAAAGCCCCAGGGAAAUGACGAAUGAGUCGGAGGCAGACACUUUCCCCGAGCCCAAGGACGCGCACGGGGGCAAACUCUCCCCUCCCGGCGGUUGUGCGCACGGAGACGCCGACGCCCGUCGUCACGGUCACACCCUCCAUGGAGCAGGCGCGGGAGACAAGUGCAACUUUUCUCCAUCCGCGCAGCCUCCGCCGUCCGCCUCCGCAGGAGCCAUGUUCCCUUACCCGAGCCAGCACGCCGCCUUCUCCAUCGGCAGUCCCGGCCGCUACGUGGGCCACCACCCGGUGCUGGCCAACGGAGCCUACAACGGCCUGUUGAGCAACUCGUCGGCGGCUCAGGGCUACCCGCCGCCGCCGCCGCCACCGCCGCCGCCUCCGCCGCCCGCCGCCGGCUACCCCUACGCGCAGCAGUACGGGACCGGGUACCAGGCAGGCGCCUUCUACCAGUUCUCCCCCGCACAGGCUGCCGGCUUGGUGCCGGGGAAGGCGCAGGUGUAUCUGUGCAACAGGGCCCUGUGGCUCAAGUUCCACAGGCACCAGACCGAGAUGAUCAUCACCAAACAGGGACGGAGGAUGUUCCCGUUUUUAAGCUUCAACAUUUCAGGCCUGGACCCAACUGCUCACUACAACAUUUUUGUGGAUGUUAUCCUGGCGGAUCCAAAUCAUUGGCGGUUCCAGGGAGGCAAGUGGGUGCCCUGCGGAAAAGCCGACACCAACGUCGUAGGAAAUCGUGUUUACAUGCACCCGGACUCGCCGAACACGGGUGCGCACUGGAUGCGACAGGAGAUUUCUUUCGGCAAAUUAAAGCUGACAAACAAUAAAGGGGCGUCCAACAACACGGGACAGAUGGUGGUCCUGCAGUCUCUGCACAAGUACCAGCCGAGGCUCCACGUGGUGGAAGUGAACGAGGACGGCACGGAGGAAUGCGGCCAGCCGGGCCGAGUGCAGACGUUCACCUUCGUCGAGACGCAGUUCAUCGCCGUCACCGCCUACCAGAACACCGACAUUACGCAAUUGAAGAUUGACCACAACCCUUUUGCCAAAGGAUUUCGGGACAACUAUGACACUGUGUACACAGGCUGCGACAUCGACCGCCUCACUCCAUCUCCGGGCGAGUCCCCCCGCUCGCAGCUCAUGGCCGGGCCCCGCUACGCCAUGCACUCCCCCUUCCUCCAGGAGCAGUUCGUCAGCUCCUACGCCAAAUCUCGAUUUCAUCCCGGCGUUGCGGCGGCGGCUGCUGGCGCCGACCGCGGCCUUCCCCUCGGCAACAGCUUGCAGAGCGACGAGCCCCCCGUGGGCGGCGCCCCGCAGCGCUGGUUCGUCUCCCCUGCCAACAACCGACUGGACUUCGCCGCCUCGGCGUACGAGGCCGCCGACUUCGCCGGCAACGCCGCCACCCUGCUGUCGUAUGCCGCGGCCGGCGUCAAGGCGCUGCCCUUGCCCGCGGCGGGUUGCUCCAACCGGGCGCUCGGCUAUUACGCGGACCCUUCCGGGUGGGGGGGACGCACUCCACCGCAGUACUGCGGGGGAGUCGGCGGCAAAGCGACCUCCGUGUUCCCCUGCUGGCCCCCCAACUCCAUCGGGGGGAGGAGCAACUGCCUGACCGAAGAGGGCGACUCCGUCCCAACGCAGCGCUCGCCUGUCGCCUCGGAAGAGGCCAAGCCCAAAGACGUGACCUCCGAGUCGGGGUGGAUCGAGACGCCGUCGUCCAUCAAGUCGAUCGAUUCCAGCGACUCGGGCAUUUUCGAUGCGGUCAAGCGGAGGCGGAUGUCCCCCUCCUCCACCCCGGUUCCGGACACUGCGUCCCCGCUCAAGGCUGACCUCCUGAGGGAGGACAAGACCUGCUCCAAGGACAUCGGCUACUACAGCUUUUACUCCACCAGCUAAAUCUAUCUAUCUAUCUAUCUAUCUAUCUAUCUAUCUAUCUAUCUAUCUAUCUAUCUAUCUAUCUAUCUAUCUAUCUAUCUAUCUAUCUAUCUAUCUAUCUAUCUAUCUAUCUA